CUAAACAGAAUGUCUGCGGACGACCGGCACCUGGGCUCCAGCUGCGGCUCCUUUAUCAAGACAGAGCCAUCCAGCCCGUCCUCUGGCAUUGACGCCCUCAGCCACCACAGCCCCAGCUGCUCCUCCGACGCCAGCGGCGGCUUUGGCAUGGCCCUGAGCGCGCACACCAGCGGCCUGGACUCGCCCCCCAUGCAUGGCGGUGUGGGUCUAGGAGGAAACCCUUGCUGCAAGAGCUACGAGGACUGUGCCAGCGGCAUCAUGGAGGACUCGGCCAUCAAGUGCGAGUACAUGCUCAACGCCAUCCCCAAGCGCCUGUGCCUUGUGUGCGGGGACACUGCGUCUGGCUACCACUACGGCGUGGCCUCCUGCGAGGCCUGUAAAGCCUUUUUCAAGCGGACCAUCCAAGGUAGCAUCGAGUACAGCUGCCCAGCCACCAAUGAAUGUGAGAUCACGAAACGGAGGCGCAAGUCCUGCCAGGCCUGUCGCUUCAUGAAAUGCCUCAAAGUGGGGAUGCUGAAGGAAGGUGUGCGUCUUGACCGAGUACGUGGAGGCCGGCAGAAAUAUAAGCGGCGGCUAGACUCGGACAACAGCCCAUACCUAAGCCUACAGAUUUCUCCACCUGCUAAAAAACCAAUGACCAAGAUCAUCUCCUACCUGCUGGUGGCCGAGCCAGACAAGAUCUACGCCAUGCUACCCUCUGGCUUGCCUGAAGGGGACAUCAAGGUCCUGACCACCCUCUGUGACCUGGCAGACAGGGAGCUCGUGGUCAUCAUUGGCUGGGCCAAGCACAUCCCAGGCUUCUUGAAACUGUUGCUGGGGGACCAGAUGAGCCUGCUGCAGAGCGCAUGGAUGGAGAUCCUUAUUAUGAGCAUCGUGUACCGGUCCCUGCCCUACGACGACAAGCUGGUGUACGCGGAGGACUACAUCAUGGAUGAGGAGCACUCCCGCCUGGCAGGGAUGUACGAGCUCUACCGGGCCAUCCUGCAGCUGUUGCGCAGAUACAAGAAGCUCAAGAUAGAGAAGGAGGAGUUCGUAAUUCUCAAGGCCCUGGCCCUGGCCAACUCAGAUCCCACACAGAUCGAGGACCUGGAGUCCGUCCAGAAGCUGCAGGACCUGCUGCACGAGGCGCUGCAGGACUACGAGCUGAGCCAGCACCACGAGGAGCCGCAGAGGACGGGCAAGCUGCUGCUGACGCUGCCCCUGCUGCGGCAGACGGCAGCCAAGGCCGUGCAGCACUUCAGGAACGUCAAACUGCAGGGCAAAGUGCCCAUGCACAAACUCUUCUUGGAGAUGCUGGAGGCCAAGGUCUGACGGCCUGCCCACAGACAGACAGACAGACAGA